UCUGAUGUCCCUGUGGUGGUGGCUGCAGCGCUGCGGGCAGAAGCUUUGUUUGGCAUGGUCACCAUUGUGGCACACCUUCGGCUCUCUCCUCACCCAUACAGUGUGGCUGUGACUGGUUGGUGCUGGGGGAGACGGAUCGCCCCGGUCGGAGCUCCUAGGGUGUGGUUCGGUCCACGUGUACCAGAGAAAGUGGUUACAGUGCUAUGCUGCAGCCAGAGAUAAAGACUGAUCACCAACCAUGAAGGCCAGCACUUCUAAUAGGACAAGCAUCAUCAUCUUCGUCUUACUGGUUGUCUUUGUCUUAGUCUUUGUGCUACUAAACAUGCAGCAUAAAGUCCACCAUCCUAAACAAUCCACCAUCAAUGAAUCAACAGUUUCCACUGACCCCGACAAGCGUCACAGCUUCUGCACCUUCCAGCCACACUCCCAUGAGGAAACAAUGGAAGAACGCCUCCUACUAGACUCCAUUGCUUGGCCUGAAACUCCACUUUUGCCAUCUCCUGUUUCCCUGGAGAAUACCAGUGAUCCAGCUCACAGCACCUUCCACAUUCUCCCAAGGAGGGGAGGAGGACAGUGGCAUGUAGGGGAUCAGCUGGAGGUCAUGAUAACAAUGUCUGACUUUCAGGACCGUUCCAAGAAGUAUGGGGGGGACUUCUUACUCGCCUGGCUCCACAACCUGAAGCUUGGUGCAGGUGUAGCUGGGCAAGUGGUGGAUCAUCUCAAUGGGAGCUACUCUGCUGUGUUCUCUUUACUCUGGGAAGGAGACGCGCAGGUUGAGGUGACGCUGGUUCACUCUAGUGAGGCUAUCACAGUGCUGAGCAGGGUGACCAGAGAACAUCCUGACAGGGUUACCUUCAGCAGCCUCUUCCGCUCAGGCUCACGCUCUGAAACUACCCUCUGUAACGUCUGCCUACGUCCAACCCAGAAACCUCUUUGCAACUACACUGACCUCCGUACAGGUGAGCCUUGGUUCUGCUACAAGCCAAAGAAGCUGAGCUGUGAUGCCAGAAUCAGCCACUCCAGGGAAAUAUACAGACCAAACCUCAAGGAAGACGAGAGGAAGCUCUUUCAAAGUGGUGUCAACAUGAAAGUCCUCAUUCAGGCUUCCGGACCUGACAGUGUCAGCAUAUUGCCAAAAGAGGAAGGUCAGCCAGAGGUUAUGAGAAGCAAUGUGACAUCUGGACCCUCUGGCUAUUACUACCAUGGUAUGUGGCGAGCACUGGGAGGCCCCACAGUUCAUCAAUUCAACACCUCUGCCAUCAGUCAGUGUCUGAAAGGCAAGGUGGUCCACAUGUAUGGAGACUCCACCAUCAGGCAGUGGUUUGAAUACCUCAGAGCUCUACCAGAUCUUAAGGAGUUUGACCUGCACAGCCCGAGGCAAGUUGGACCUUUCAUGGCCUUACACUAUGCAAACAACAUCUUGGUGACAUUCCGCUGCCACGGACCUCCUAUCCGUUUUUACAUGGUCCACACCAGCGAGCUUCGUUACAUUGCUAAUGAACUAGAUGGUGUAAAUGGAGGCAUCAAUACUAUUGUAGUUUUUGGCAUCUGGUCUCACUUCAGCACUUUCCCUGUGGAGGUGUACAUCCAGCGGAUCCGGAGAAUCCGCAGGGCGGUUGUGAGGCUGCUGGACAGGGCUCCAGGCACGCUGGUAGUUAUCCGGACAGGAAACCCCAAAGUUUUAAAGGGACUUUAUGAAACAUUAACCAACAGUGACUGGUACACUCUGCAGCAUGAUAAGGUGCUCAGACUCAUGUUCAAAGGACUGAAUGUUCAUCUGAUUGAUGCCUGGGAGAUGGUCGUGGCCCACCACCUGCCACACAGCCUCCACCCACAACCUCCCAUUAUUAAGAAUAUGAUUGACCUUGUCUUGUCUUACAUAUGUCCUUAGAGGGACAGUUAUUAAAGCACAU